UCAGCAUCAGUCGCAGCCCAGUCAGCCGUCAGCUAGCAACAGUCCAGUUCAUUCCAUUCCGCACAAUGGCCUUCCGUUACGUCAUCUCCCUCUGCGCCCUGGUGGCCUACGCCAAUGCCGGCCUCCUGGCCAGCCAUGUGGCCGUGGCUAAUCCUGCCGUGGAUGCCGUUGCCUCCACGCAGCAAAAUGUGGUGCGCUCCUUCGGCGGCACCGUCUCCAGCUACUCCAAGGCCGUGGACACGCCCUACUCCAGCGUGCGCAAGACCGACACUCGUGUCCAGAACAAUGUGUACACCCCGGCCAUUGCUAAGACCACCUAUGCGGCUCCUCUGUACACUCAGGCCACGCCUCUCGUCCAGAAGACUGUCUACGCUGCUCAAGCUCCAGUGCUGGCCAAGACCGUCUCAUAUGGUGCUCCAUCCAUCACCUACUCUGCUCCAGCUCCAGUUGUGGCCAAGACUGUUUCCUAUGGUGCUCCAGCUGUCACUUACUCUGCCCCAGCUCCUGUGCUGGCCAAGACCGUCUCGUAUGCCGCUCCUGCUCCUGUGCUGUCCAAGACCGUCUCGUAUGCCGCUCCUGCUCCUGUGCUGGCCAAGACCGUCUCGUAUGCCGCUCCUGCUCCCGUCCUGGCCAAGACUGUCUACUCGGCGCCCGUGAUCGCCAAGAGUUAUGCCGCACCAGCUGUCGCCUAUGCCGCACCACUGGCCACCACCAACGUGAACCAUGGACCCAGUGCCACCACCUACACCCACAACGCACCCGCUCUGGGCGUCUCCAGCUACGGCAGCUCCCAGACCGUGCGCUACUCGCCCGCCGAGAGCGUCUCCCACAUGAGCUUCGAUGGCUUCGGCACCCACUGGGGCUUCUAGACACGCACUGGCGCCACGAAUUGUUGAAACUUCUUGUUAAUGUUGAUUGUUUCGUUAAUAUUGAUAAUAAA